AUGCGGAUCGCGCAACUGGUGCUCGGAGCGUGCCUCGGCCUUGGUGCCGUGCUGUGUGCCGAUGAGGCGCCGGAGCUGAAUGUCGUGACGACCUUCCCGAACAACCCCUUUUCGCUGGUGCAGAACGGCCGCUCGAACCGCGUGGUGUUCUCGGUAACGCACCCCCCGAAGGCCGACCGCGCGUUGGUCCUGGAGGAGAUCACCGGCGCGUUCCUCAACCCCGCCAAGGCGGAUGGGCAAAAGAGCCGUGUCAUGCGCAACAUGACCACGACCAAGCUCAAGUCGGUGCCAGUGCGCAACGUCAACGGCCAGCCCCUCCAAAUUCCGUACGAUUUUUACUCGGAGUUUAAGCCGCAACAGCUCGACGUCGAGUUCCGCUUCAAGGUGCUUGACCAGGGCAACUCGAAGCGCUACAACAUCAACGUGUACCGCGGCUCGGUGACGGUCGAAGAGCCGGCGCAGUCGCUGCUGGACCCCCAGCUUCUGUCGGUGUACGCGCUGCUGGCGUUGCUUGUCGGCGGCAUUGCGUACGUCGCCUACACCUCGUACGUCGCACCCUCGCUGCGCACCAAGGCGCCGGCCAAGAAGCGCACGGCCGCGCCUGCGCCUGCGCCGGCCUCUAGUGCGAGUGACGACUGGCUGCCGAAGGAGCGCAAUCUGCGCCCGCGCAAGCAGGCGCCCAAGAAGAAGUAG